GGAUACAUGAAUUUCUAUUAUCCAAAACAAUCAUCCUUAAAAAAUCAAACCCUAAAAUGGCAACCCUACCCUCUUUAGCAACUGCUUUUCCUAAGUGUGGCCAAAUUGGUGCACUCGUAAUGAGGACCCCAUGGAGCUCCAGAGUUUUUGUUCCUAUCAAAACAAGGCAUUUUCAGGCAACACCAUACAAUGCGGCGUCAAAUGCAGCCGAUCAUGCUUCUCAAGCGACGAAACAAGGAAUGAACGAGGCAAAGAAUGUCGGGCAAGAUGUGAAAAACAAGGCGGCUUCAACCGCAGAAGAUGUAAGCAACAAAGCAAAACAAGUAGCAGGAGAUGCAACAAAAACAGCACAAGAUGUGGCACAGAAAGGAAAAGAAACAGUGCAAGAUGCUUGGGAAUCUGUCAAAGACACCACACAGAAGAUCAAAGAUAAUGUUGUAGGCAAAGCUGGGGAAUCUAAAGAAUUUGUCAAAGAUAAUGCUGAUUCUGUCAAGCGUAGCAUGAACUCCAAAAAUUGAAUAUUUUUAUCAUUCCAUCACUUUCUUUUUUACCAUAUGUAUUUCAACCUAUUAUUGUGCACAAUUUCGUCUUAUUGCUGAAUAAAAAUGUUGUAAUUUUUUUAUUAUGAUGAAAGGGAAAAUGAUCAAAUUUGAUUUUUUUUAA